GCCCCGGUCCGGCCCAGCCCCGCGCGGUAAGAUGGCGGCGGCGGCGGCGGCCGAGGCCGAGUGCGAUGUGGUCAUGGCGGCGCCCGACGGGCCCGGCGAGACCGACAGCGACGAGGAGGCGCGCAGAGAAGCAGAGGCAUUCAAGGAGCAGGGAAAUGCAUACUAUGCCAAGAAAGAUUACAACGAAGCAUUCAACUACUACACAAAAGCCAUAGAUACGUGUCCCAAUAAUGCCAGUUAUUAUGGGAACAGAGCUGCCACGCUCAUGAUGCUGGGGAGGUUCCGAGAAGCGCUGGAGGAUGCUCAGCAGUCAGUCAGGCUGGACGACAGCUUUGUACGGGGCCAUCUCCGGGAAGGGAAGUGCCACCUUUCCCUAGGGAAUGCCAUGGCUGCCAGCCGCUGCUUUCAGCGAGUUUUAGAACUGGAUCAUAAGAAUACCCAGGCACAGCAGGAGCUGAAGAAUGCCACGACUGUGCUUGAGUAUGAAAAAAUAGCUGAAGUGGAUUUUGAGAAACGGGAUUUCAGGAAGGUUGUGUUUUGCAUGGAUCGUGCUCUGGAGUUCGCUCCCGCCUGUCACCGGUUCAAGAUCCUCAAGGCUGAGUGUUUGGCACUGCUGGGCCGGUACCCCGAGGCACAGUCUGUGGCCAGUGAUAUCCUGCGGAUGGACUCGACCAACGCCGACGCGCUGUACGUGCGCGGGCUGUGCCUGUACUACGAGGACUGCAUCGAGAAGGCCGUGCAGUUCUUCGUGCAGGCCCUCAGGAUGGCCCCUGACCACGAGAAAGCCUGUCUUGCCUGCCGGAAUGCCAAAGCACUUAAAGCGAAGAAGGAAGAUGGGAAUAAAGCAUUCAAGAAAGGCAACUACAAACUAGCAUAUGAACUGUACACAGAGGCACUAGGAAUAGACCCAAAUAAUAUCAAAACAAAUGCCAAACUCUACUGCAACAGGGGCACGGUUAAUUCAAAGCUUAGGAAACUCGAAGAAGCGAUCGACGACUGCACGAACGCGGUGAAGCUGGACGACACGUACGUCAAAGCCUACCUGAGGAGGGCACAGUGUUACAUGGACACAGAGCAGUAUGAAGAUGCUGUAAGAGACUAUGAGAAGGUUUAUCAGACAGAGAAAACAAAAGAACACAAGCAGCUCCUAAAGAAUGCACAGGUGGAACUGAAAAAGAGCAAAAGGAAAGACUACUACAAAAUCCUGGGGGUGAACAAAAACGCCUCUGAAGAUGAGAUCAAGAAGGCUUACAGGAAACGAGCACUAAUGCACCAUCCAGACCGACACAGUGGAGCAAGUGCAGAAGUACAGAAGGAAGAGGAGAAGAAAUUUAAGGAGGUUGGUGAAGCCUUCACCAUCCUGUCAGAUCCCAAGAAGAAGGCCCGCUAUGACAGCGGGCAGGACUUGGAAGAGGAUGGAUUAAACAUGGGAGAAUUUGAUCCAAAUAACAUCUUCAAGGCCUUCUUCAGCGGGCCAGGGGGCUUCAGCUUUGAAGCUUCUGGGCCUGGAAAUUUCUUUUUCCAGUUUGGCUAAGAAGCAAACAAACACAAAUCAAACCACACAUACCUGAUCUGCUUCUUUUAACCUCGAAUACGGACAGCCCCAGACUCCUCCUCCAUCACGUCUCGUUGUCCUUAGAGCAGUUUCAUUUCUGGGUUGGAGCCUCUGUUUGUGUGUUGUGUGUGUGAAGAGGAAACCAGCUCGGGAGGGGAAGGCUUGUGAAUUUUGUUUUACUGUUAACUUUAUUAAAAAAAAAAAAAAAAUAAAGCUUUGAAUCUUUUGGUCCCUCCAUGCUGGCCCGUGCUUUCAGCUGCUUCUGCCCCUCAACACGAAGGAUUUCCUGGAAUCUUCCCAGAAUCUCCACGUGUGUGAGGGAGAAAGAAUUCCUGGUUUGUUCUGGUUGCUUCCAAAGCAGCAUGUCCAGGGUUUGGAGUAACUUGUAAGUUAUGUUAAUCGUUUGGAAAUACUGCCAAGGCUCAAUCCAGUUUUGUACAAUCCCAUUUCACCUGCAAGCCUGGCUUCUUUGCUCUUUUUAUUUCUUUUUUUUUUUAUUUUUUUCCAUGGUUCUCCCAGCAAGGCCCACUUGGGCAUUAAACUUCUGUGAUAACAUGUGAGCUUACAAUUCUGUAUCAGAGAAAUGCUGCUUAGAGUUCAAAGAGCAGCUUAUGUGAGAAUUCCCUGUGAUGCAGCUGGAAUUAAGGGCUUUGUGUUCCCAAGAUUGUCCUGUUUAAGGGAAUAUUGAAUUUGCUCUGGGCUGAAUUCCUUCACUGUACUUUUUUAAAUUAAUCCACUUGAAUAUUUUAUAUUUGUGCUAAACUUGAUUUUGUUGAGCUUGAUGUGUGAUUUCCUGUUACUGAUCCAUGAUGUGGGUGAGUCUUUCAAUGCCAAGUGAAUUCCAGGCAGGGAUCCUGGGUGGUUUGGGAUGUGCAGCAGCUGUGUGUUUAGUUAACCUGGCUGAGUGGUUUUCCUCUGGCAGUGAUUUACUCCUCCAAAGCAGCAAGAAAAUGCAAAGUCCAGCUCUGAACUGGCAGUCUGUUCUUUCUCUUGUGCAGUGUCAGGACAGGAGCUGGAGGGAUGGAUGAGCUUCUGGCCUGGAGCUGUGUCCUGGUGGGUUUGGUGUGGGGCACUGCCUGUUAGCAGUUUGAUUUUCACCUGAAAGGUGGUGUUACAGCAGGGUCUCAGCUGGGGGAGAGCUCUGCUCCUGGGAUUCCCCCCUUUUCUCCACAGCAUGGGCAGCACCUUCUUGUCCAGGUGCCCUGUGUGAGCUCCUGUCUGAGGGUUCUGGAGCCUGGUGCUGUCAGGCCCAGUCCCAGGAGGUUGUGCUCAGCCUGGGAUGGGAGGGGAGCAGUGGGGCCGUGGCUGGGGGUCCUGGGCUGGUGCUCAGUGAGGAGCAGAGGGGCUGUGGCCAGGUCCUGGGCUGACCCUGGCAGUGUGGGGCCGCUGGAGGCUGGAGUUUGCUCAGAGAACGGGUGUUUGUGAGAGAGAACCUCCCAGUGACUCUGUGUAACAGCUGCUUUGCCUUCCCGCAGCACAGCAAGCACUGCAGGGAGCUCAUUGCUCGAGGUGAUCACUCGGAGUGCCAGGUCUUUGUCUUCCUCCCGAGGGCUGGGUGUGCCCUCCAGCAGGACAGGGACUGGCGCAGGACCACGAGGUCCCAGCGCUGUCGUGGUCCUGCUGUGGUGUUCGGUCAGGAUUCUUGACAAUCUGCUUUCACAGAGGGAAAAUUUAAGGGCUUAAAUUUUAGCACUGCAGAAUAACUCGUUUGAAACUCAGCUUUCUAAGUGAACCAGGGCUGAGUAAUACUUUCAAAACCCAACUCUCCCACGUUUGAUCUGCCAUCCUUCACACCAGUGUGAGGGAUGGACCCACCCAGGUGCACCCAGAGCAGCUGGGGCCUGGCACUUUUCAGGCUCUGAAGUGGUGAAUACGUGGGGAACUGAAAUACUGGUCUAUGCACACUGAUGCUUCCCCAGCUUUCCUGGCACUGUAAUCUGAGUUUACAAGAGUUUAGUGGAAUUUUGGUUCCAUGACAUCUCGUCCUGUGUGUUUGUUGAUGUCACUGUACAGUUUGGGCUGUUCUCAGUGUCUCAUUGCUGAGCAGAGCCAUGUUCUGUGUCUGUCAGUGGGUUUAUUCUCAUUUUCCCCUGCCCCAGGGAAGUGUGACCAGCUUCCUUCCUCCCUUCCUUCUCUCUAAGCUGACUGAGCCCGUUCCUUGGAGCACAGGAGUGGAAUGGCUCUGCUUCUGGGAGAGAAAAUGUAUACAGCAGCUAUUUAUAACCUGUACAUGAAUGCAUGAUUUAAUGUAGUUAAAUAUUCAUAUGGUGAGUGCCAAGACUUUCUACAGCACGUGAAUCAAGGUGAAGGCAAAUGCAUGGAACCAUGGAAUGGAUUGGGCUUGAAGGCCUUUAAAGGCUGUCAAGUCCAACCCCCUGCCAUGGGCAGGGACACUUCCCACUAGCCCAGAGUGCCCCAGGACCUGUGCAGUCCCUGUUCCCCCUGGCACAGAGCAGGGCUGAGCAGGGCUUGGUGGCACCUGGCACCUCAGGGCAGCAGCAGUGUCCAGUGGCACUGUGACCUCCACCGUGUCCCAGCACGGCUUGGGGAGACAAAACUCUGCAUUUUCCAAAAAAUGGACUCAGCUGUGCAUUGCUUGGAGUGUUGCCUCCACACAUGGUGGUUCCAGGACAUUGUCCAGGGGUCGUGCUUGGGUGUAGCUGCAGGGGAGCUGAGUGCCAGUGCUCCAGCUGCUCACAGCCCUCCUGUGUGUCCUGCAGCCCCAGGGGGGCCACUGGCUGCAGGGAUUUGCCACAGAGACCACAAAUGAGCAUCUUCAAGAGCUGCUGUGCCCGUGCUGUUCCCAGAAGGACAGAGAGCGCACAGAGGUGCAGGAGGUGGGCUGUGGUGGCAUGGACACGCUUUGGUGUGACUCUCAGCCUGGCAGCUCCUGCCUGGGCUCUCCAAGGGGGAAUGGCUGGUGCUGUGAGAGCUGCUGCCAACAAGAAGGGCCUAGAAAGAGCAGAGGUGCUGUGGCUGAGAGCCAGACCAGGCUGGUGUGGCAGGGGACAUCUUCCACCGGCCAAGUUGGGAGAAGAUGGUCUGAGCAGCUCGAGAGCUGGCAAGUGGCUGUCAGCUUCCCUGGGAAAGUUGUGAAGAGAAGUGUGUGAGGAGUGUGGCUGUGGGCAGAGCUGGCAUGUGGGGGCUCUGCUGUAGGACUGCAGUUUUGGCAAGGAGAUCAGGAAUUGUGUGGCUGUUAGGCUUUGCCUUGGAUGUGGUUUUGUCUGGCCAUGCUCAGAGUUUGGGUUGGAAAGCUGUGAAGUCCAUUCAGGAGGUUCUGGCCACCCUCUUAAGGUUCUUCAUUGCUUUGGCUGCACUAAAACCUACCUGAUUUGGUUUUGAUCCUGGGAGCGUUCAGUGAGCAGGAUCCCCAGUGCUGCUGGCUGUUGUAAAUGCAGAAAUGCAAGUUGGAAAAUGGGAGAAAGACAAAUUGUUCAGGUACAAGAGUAUUAUCCAUGGAAUAGCAGGCCCCUCAACUCUCUGUACCUGCUGAGACAGAGUGGAUGCUGCUGUGCUGCUGUGUGUGUGACAUGGAGGCUGGUGCCAGUUCCUGUGCAGCCACACUGGCCCUGGACCUGCAGCCAUCAAACAGCCACAGGGCUGGGCCACGUGCUGCUUUGCCAUUUCCAAAUGACCUCCUCAGUUUCAGUAAUAACUCCAGCUAUUCUCUUAUUUCUAAUGGAUGGUUUUCAUCCUGUUUAAAUUCGUGCCUUGUCCUUUCCCCUCCUUUUCCCUAGGGAACAGGACAACUGUGUGCUGCACCCACCCUGGAGCAGUGCUAGUCCCUUCGCAGCUGUGGCAGGGCUGUGGCAGGGGUAGGUGGCAAUAGCUGGUGGCUGUCCCUGCCCUUGGCUCUGUGGGGCCAUUCUGGGUCCCUGCAUGACUGUGGGAGCUGAUGUGAAACACUUUGGCCUUCCUGGCCAGGCCCAGCUCUCCCCACUCCCACCGUCAUGGAUGGGGUUAUCCCUUCUUGGAGCAGUGCUGGGCGUUUUCCCUCACGCAGAUCCGAGCUUGGAGGGACAGUUCUGCUCUGUUGCUGGGAGCUGGGACACUGCACCCGAGCUGGAGCUCAGGGCUGGCCCGGCAGGGCAGGAUCCUUGGGGAGCCCAGCAGGACGAGCAGCCCUGCUGCCAUGCCAGCCCGACUGCCCAGCCCUGUCCCCAGUGUCCCCUAAUGGCUCCUGUGAACAGUGUGGGUGAGGCAGCAUCCGAGGGGCCGCGGGGGGAGCACCCAGAGCCCCCCAGUGCACGUGGGUCACAACUUUGUGGAUUAGUCAGGACAAACCCAGGCACCGAUGCGAAGCCACUUGGAGAGGAGCUUGUCCCUGUGCUGCCGUAUUUAUCUGAAUUGGAAUUCGGAAUGUUUACCUCAGUGUACAUAGCUCAACCUUUCCCUGGGGGGAAAGGGGAAUUGCAUGGAGCAAUCGCUGUCCCAUUGCUUUGCCAAACUCCUCAUCCUCUCCCAGCCGGGCUCCGCAUCGGUACCAGCUGUCCCUCUUGGACCUUUCUAGGAUGUGAAUGGUAAAAAUGUGAAUAUUUGUUGUUUACUUCCUUAGCAGAACUCCUGAUGCCGUGUUUGUAUGGGAAAUCAGCCUGAGCAGACCCAUAUGCAAUCGGUUUUACUUUAUUAUAAACUGUAUAUGAUGUACAAACUAAUAAAAACUCAAACGAC